CGGGGCUCCCGGGGCUCCCGGGCCAUGAGCCUCCCGCCCGCCGCCGGCGGCCUCGCCCUGUCGGCGUCGGCGGGCCGGGCCGGGAUGAAGAAGCGUCCGAAGAAGAGGCAGAAGCCCAAGUACCGUGUGAAGUACCUGCGCCUGCGCAGCGCCGCCAAGGCCGCCGUCUUUGAAAAUGCAGCCAUCUGUGAUGAAAUCGCUCGCCUGGAGGAGAAGUUUCUCAAAGCGAAAGAAGAGCGGAGAUAUCUGCUGAAGAAGCUGCUCCAGCUGCAGGCGCUCACCGAGGGGGAGCCCCCUCCCGCCCCGGCCUCCCACAGCUCCGGCCUCCCCCUGAGCUUCGGCGGGGCCGGCUCUCUGGGCCCCGGGCCGGGAGCCGGGCCCGUGUCCGUGCCCAGCGUGGGGGCUGACGAGCCCUUGGGGAAGAAGCCCAAGAAGGAGAAGAAAGAGAAGGGGAAGGAAAAUAACAAGCUGGAAGUCCUGAAGAAAACCUCCAAGAAGAAGAAAGCGGAAGGAGCCACCCGGAAGCUGGUGCAGCCCAUCGCCCUGGACCCCUCGGGCCGGCCUGUCUUCCCCAUCAGCCUGGGCGGCCUGACCGUCUACAGUCUGGGGGAGAUCGUUAGCGACCGGCCGGGUUUCCACGACGAGAGUUCCAUCUUUCCCGUGGGCUUCUGCAGCACUCGGGUCUACGCCAGCAUGAAACGCCCAGAUCAGAAGUGCCUGUACACCUGCCAGAUUAAGGACGGCGGCCUGCAGCCCCAGUUCGAGAUCGCGCCCGAAGACGACCCCCAGAACGUCAUCGUGGGCCCCUCCGCCAACGCCUGUCACGCCCAGCUGCUGAAGACCAUCAGCGCUGCCCGGGGGAAGCUGCUUCCCAGCGUUCUGCCGGCCGGAGCCGACUUCUUCGGUUUCUCCCACCCGACCAUCCACAACCUGAUCCAGGGCUGUCCGGGAGCUCGGAAGUGUGUCAAUUACCAGUGGGUGAAGUUUGACGUGUGUAAACCGGGCGACGGGCAGGUGCCCCAGGGGCUGCCCGAGAACGACGCGGCCAUGAGCUUUGAGGCUUUCCGGAGACAAGCCUUCGAGGACGACCAGAGCGAUCCCAUCCUGCCAGGGUCCCUGGACCUGCCGGGGCUGCAGCCGGCGGCGUUUGGGUCGCCGUACCAGCCGCUCUUCCUGACCCACGAGCCCGUGGGGGCCGCCCACCUGCAACACAUCAAGUCUCCCGCCCGCUGCAGCCCGGCCCACUCCUCCGACUAAGGCAGAGCACCGCGUGGGAAUGGACGAACGGCAGCCCGGGGAGGGGGCGGGCACCCCUUCAACACCUUUAUCGAUC